CUCCUCGACAAGCCCCUAUCUGAGAUAAGAAACAGCGGCUCGAAAUGAGAAUACUUUCAACUACAAUAUUCCUCUACUUCAUUGUCAUAUUCCUUGCCGUUGUCGUGAAUUCGUUCAAAGUUCCUCCCGGCAAAGGACAAUGCUAUGUUCCGAAAGGAGGUAACUGCUACCGAUGCGACUGUAUGAAACCAGCGAAAUGCUACAAAGGAGAGUGCCGCUAAAUCACGCUUGACUCCAAAUCGUCAUCAUCACUUUAUAUCCAACUGUGAUCGAACCUCUGUGAAUAAAACUUUGU